UAUCCAAUGUUCGCACAGGCACUGGAGUCAGAGAAAAUGGAGUUGAAUCCUUUCUCUGCCACUCUUUGAGGAGAAUCUCACCAUUUAUUAUGCACUGUAGAAUACAACAAUAAAAUACAGCCAUGUACCACAUAACAACAUCUUGGUAAACAACAGACUGCAUAUAUGAUGGUGGUCAUCCAGUAAGCUAGGGUUAAUUUAUUAUUAUUCCCUUUUUUUUUCUUUUUUUUUUUGAGAUGUAGUCUUACUCUGUCACCCAGGCUAGAGUGCAAUGGCACCAUCUUGGCUCACUGCAACCUCUGCCUCCUGGGUUCAAGCGAAUCUCCUGCCUCAGCCUCCAAAGUAGCUGCGAUUACAGGCACCCACCACAUCUGGCUAAUUUUUUGUAUUUUUAGUAAAGAUGGGGUUUCACCAUGUUGGCCAGGCUGAUCUCAAACUCCCAACCUCAAGUGAUCUGCCCUCCUCGGCCUCCCAAAGUGCUGGGACCAUAGGCCUGAGCCACUGUGCCCGGCCUUGUCUGCUUUUUUAACAGAUAACAGGGUGCUCAUAGAAACUGCUUUGACAUGACUGCAAUCAUGUGCUUCAUAGAAACUUAAUUGGAUUAUACCCCUAGAGUCUUCAGAUUUUUAUACUUUUUUUUUUUGAAACGGAGUCUCACUCUGUCACCAGGCUGGAGUGCAGUGCCGCAAUCUCGGCUCACUGCAACCUCCGCCUCCUAGGUUCAAGCGAUUCUCCUGCCUCAGCCUCCCGAGUAGCUGGGAUUACAAGUGCGCACUACCACGCCCAGCUAAUUUUUGCAUUUUUACUAGACAGGGUUUCACCAUGUUGGCUAGGAUAGUUUCACCAGGAUCUCUUGGCCUCAUGAUCAGCCUGCCUCGGCCUCCCAAAGUGCUGGGAUUACAGGUGUGAGCCACCGUGCCCAGCCUAUACUUGCCUUUUUGAAUACCAUUUGGUGUUUUGAAGAAUUAACAGCUUUGUGAACGUGGCAGUGCUUAUGAUUCAGGCUUCCACUGAGACCAAGGGGAGAACCUGGUUGCAGGACAAACAGACGGACAGCGUGUGGCAGUGUUUAAAUGCUCUUCUGAAAGCUGAUACGACAGCUCUCUGUGCACUGAUUGCAUAUGCAUCCCAAGAUUAUAUUAUUGUUUCCUAUUGCUAUGUGUCACACUUUGCCAAACAGGAUGUGGGAAAUGAAUAAGCAGUUUUCUUAGGCACUUCUUAACAGACAAUUGGUCAAAAUGAACUCCAUUGCUUAAGAAACACAUAAACACCAUUUAGUCACUGAAUAUAGCUAUAUGUAUGGUUGUUACUAUGGGGAAUCUUGUUUUGCCAAUUUUCUUUGAAAAUUCUGGCAGACCAAGGUUCUUUUUGUUUACAUAAUACUUGAAAAAUAAAAAUGAACAACCUAACAAACUACCAAGUUUUCACUUACAUAAAUGUAGUUGCAUACAGAAAAUGUGACUGUGAAUUAAUUUUUCUAGGACUUUUAAACUAUAAGCACUAUUUGCAUGAAAGAGAACCAAUCUAUCAAUUACAAACUCACAUAAUUUUACAGAUUUUUUUUUCCUACACAGCACAUAAACCAGAAGGAAUUUGAAGCCACCCUCCAAACACAGGGGAAGGAGGCUGUGUGUAUAUCCUCAUUGUCUUUCACAUUCUAAGGUGGUUCCACUCAGUGACUGAAAUCCUUAAGCGUUGUAUUAGUCAGCUUGGGCUACCAUAACAGCAGCUUAAACUGUUGUUUAGCCACUCAGACUUAAACAACAGAAAUUUAUUUCCUUAUAGUUCUGGAGGCUGGAAGUUCAAGGUGCUGGCAAGGUUGGUUUCUGGUGAGACCUCGCUCCCUGUCUUGCAGAUGGCUGCCUCCUCCCUGUUUCCUCAUAGAGCCUGUCCUCUGCUUUUACACUUCUGGUGUCAUCUUCCUUUUUUUUUUUUUUUUUUUGAGACAGAGUCUCGCUCUGUCUCCCAGGCUGGAGUGCAGUGGCCCGAUCGAUCUCAGCUCACUGCAACCUCUGCCUCCCAGGUUCAAGCAAUUCUCCUGCCUCAGCCUCCCAAGUAGCUGGGACUACAGGUGCCCGCCAUCAUGCCUGGCUAAUUUUUGUAUUUUUAGUAGAGACAGGGUUUCACCACAUUGGCCAGGCUGGUCUCGAACUCCUGACCUUGUCAUCUGCCUCCCUCGGCCUCCCAAAGUGCUAGGAUUACAGGCGUGAGCCACUGCACCCGGCCUCUUCCUCUUCUUAUAAGGACACCAGUCCUAUUAGAUUAGGGCUCCACCCUCAUGACCUCAUUUGACCUUAACUAUUAUUUCUUUAAAGCACCUAUUUCCAAAUAUAGUCACUUUAGGGGUUAGGGCUUCAAAAUAUGAAUCUGAGGGAGCUCAAUUCAGUAAAUAGCAGUAGUCAUUAACGGACAAUAUAUACAAAGAUAAUUUCGUGAUUACUGUCCUUAUGCAUAAACGUCCUCAGUGUUCCACUGCCUUUAUCCAGAUUUACUAUCACAAAGACUUUGCUCUGAGAAAAAUGUGAUUUCUUUUUUUUUUUUUUUUUUUUGAGACAGUCUCACUCUGUCACCCAGGCUGGAGUGCAGUGGUGCAAUCUUGGCUCACUGCAACCUCCGCCUCCUGGGUUCACGCCAUUCUCCUGCCUCAAUCUCCCGAGUAGCUGGGACUACAGGUGUCCGCCACCAUGCCCAGCUAAUUUUUUGUAUUUUUAGUAGAGACGGGGUUUCACCAUGUUAGCCAGGAUGGUCUCAAUCUCCUGACCUCGUGAUCCACCUGCCUCAGUCUCCCAAAGUGCUGGGAUUACAGGCAUGAGCCAUCACGCCCAGCAGAUUUCUUUUUCUUUUUUUUUUUUUUUUUGAGAUGGAGUCUUGCUCUGUUGCCCAGCCUGGAGUGCAGUGUUAUGAUUUUGGCUCACUGCAACCUCUACCAUGUUCAAGCGAUUCUCCCACCUCUGCCUCCUGUGGAGCUGGGAUCACAGGCACACGCCACUACACCUAGCUACUUUUUGUAUUUUUAGUAGAAAUGGGGUUUCACCAUGUUGGCCAGGAUGGUCCCAAACUCCUGACCUCAAGUGAUCCUCCUGCCUCAGCCUCCCAAAGUGCUGGGAUUACAGGUGUGAGCCACUGUGCCUGGCCAAAAAUGUGACUUCUUAUUUCCCACAUUGUCAAUUCCAUUUCAAUUAACUAUAAUAGCUAUGUCUAUUGAGCACUCAAGUGUAUUCUAGAAACUGUUCCUGAUUCUGGGGAUAUAUCCAUGAAUCAACUAUAGUCCCUGUUAUUAAGUAAUUUGUAGUCUGACUAAACCAUUAGAAAUUUAAGAAAUGGCUACUUUCAAAGACAUCUUGGAGUUCAGGAGUCCCACACUGCGAACCAUAUUACCUAAUAAUCCAACCUGCUUGUAAUUCACUUAUUUAACCAAUAUUUAUUGAGUGCCAACUUUGAGCCUAAGAUACAGCAGUAAACAAAUGGAUAAAGUCCCUGUCGUCAUGAAACUUGUAUUCUAAUGGAAGAAACAGAAAACAGAUAUAGGAUGUAAUAUCAGGUAGGGAUAAAUACUUUGAAUUCAAACAAAAGUACACAUAGUCAGGGUUCACCAAAGAGACACAGCCAAUCGGAUACAUAGAUAAAUAAGAGAGGGUUUAUUAGUUAGAAAGGGCUCACAUGAUUACAGAGGCUGAGAAGUCCCACAACAGAUUGUCUGCAAGCUGGAGACCCAGGGAUACUGGUAGCAUGGCUCAGUCCAAGUCCCAAAGCCUCAGAAUCAGGAAAGCUGAUGAUAUAAUUCUUAGCCCAAAGGCCUCAGAACCCCAGCAGUGACGGAAAGGCUGGUGUAGGUCCUGGAGUCCUGAGACCCAACAGCCUGGGAUCCUGAAAUCCAAGUGCAGGAAUGGAAGCGUGUAUUCCAGCUCCAAGACAGUAAGACCAAUUUGCCUUUCUUCCGUUUUUGUUUCAAGCCAACUGCACGUUGAGGGCGGAUGGUUCCCUCUUAGUCCAUUCAGUCAUAUAUCAAUCUCUUCUGGAAAUACCCUCACAGACACACUAACAAAUAAUGCCUUUCCAGUUCUCUAGGUAUUCUUUAAUCCAGUCAAGCUGACACCUAAAAUUAACCAUCACAAAAGUUAAGGAGAAAGAAGACAACUUGUAGGGGAGGCUGCUAUGCAAGACAGUGUGUGAAGGAAGGGCUCUCUGAAGAGGUUAACGUCUGAGCAGAGACUUAAAUGAAGUGAAGAAGUGAGCCAUGUGGGUAUGGGGAAUACAACUUCCAGGUAGAGAAGACAAGUGUGGUGUAUAUCAGGGUCAGCAAAGAAGCCAUGUGACAGAGAAGGGUGGGCCAGGGAGAGAGGGAUAAGUGAUCUAACUCCUGAGGAGGUGGCCUGGCCAGGAGCUAGAGCAUGAGGAUCACGUAGGAUUUUAUUCUGCAAGGUGAAAAGCCAUUGUAUUAGUCUGUUCACAAACCUGAGACUAGGCAAUUUACAAAAGAAAGAGAGGUUUAAUGGACUUACACUUCCACAUGGUUGGGGAGGCCUCACAAUCAUGGCGAAAGGCAAUGAGGAGCAAGUCACAUCUUACGUGGAUGGCAGGCAAAGACAAAGACAGCUUGUGCAGAGAAACUCCCCCUUAUAGAGCCAUCAGAUCCUGUUAGACUUAUUUACUAUCACAAGAACAGCACGGGAAAGACCUGUCCCCAUGAUUCAGUUACCUCCCACUGGGUCCCUCCCACAACGCAUGGGAAUUCAGGAUGAGAUUUGGGUGGGGACACAACCAAACCCUAUCAUUCCACCCAUGGCCCCUCCCAAAUUUCAUGUCCUCACAUUUCAAAACCAAUCACACCAUCCCAACAGUCCCUCAGAGUCUUAAAUGAUUUCAGCAUUAACUCAAAAGUCCACAGUCUAAUGUCUCAUCUGAGACAAGGCAAGUCCUUUCCAUCUAUGAGCCUAUAAAAUCCAAAGCAAGUUAGUUACUUCCUAGAUACAAUGGGGGUACAGGCAUUGGGUAAAUACAGCCAUUCCAAAUGGGAUAAACUGGUCAAAACAAAGAGGCUACAGGCCCAUGAGAGUCCAAAAUCCAGUGAGGCAGUCAAAUCUUAAAGCUCCAAAAUGAUCUCCUUUGACUCCACAUCUCACAUCCAGGUCACGCAGAUGGAAGGGGUGGGUUCCCAUGGUCUUGGGCAGCUCUGACCCUGUACCUUUGCAGGGUACAGCCUCCCUCUCAGCUGCUUUCACGGGCUGGCAUUGAGUGUCUGCAGCUUUUCCAGGUACACGGUGCAAGCUGUCGGUGGAUCUACCAUUCUGGGGUCUGGAGGAACUCUUCUCACAGCUCCACUAGGUGGUGCCCCAGUAGGGACUCUGUGUGGGGUCUGUGACCCCACAUUUCCCUUCUGCACUGCCCUGGCAGAGGAUCUCCAUGAGGGCCCUGCCCCUGCAGCAAACUUCUGCCUGGGCAUCCAGGCAUUUCCACACAUCCUCUUUAAUCUAGGCGAAGGUUUCCAAACCCCAAUUCUUGACUUCUGUGUACUCGCAGUCUCAACACCACAUGGAAGCUGUCAAGGCUUGGGGCUUGCACUCCCCGAAGCUACAGCCCAAGCUCUACCUUGCCUCCUGUCAGUCAUGGUUGGGAGUGGCUGGGAUGCAGGGCACCAAGUCCCUAGGCUGCACACAGCAUGAGGACCCCGGGCCUGGCCAACAAAACCAUUUUUUCCUGAUACCUCUGGGCCUGUGAUGGGAGGGGUUGCCAUAAAGACCUCUGACAUGCCCUGGAGACAUUUUCCCCAUUUCUUGGGAAUUAACAUUUGGCUCCUGUUACUCAUGCAAAUUUCUGCAGCCAGCUUGAAUUUCUCCUCAGAAAAUGGGAAUUUUUCUUUUCUAUCACAUUGUCAGGCUGCAAAUUUUCCGAACUUUUAUGCUCUGCUUCCCUUAUAAAACUGAAUGUCUUUAACAGCACCCAAGUCACCUCUUGAAUGCUUUGCUGCUUAGAAAUUUCUCCUGCCAGAUACUCUAAAUCAUCUCUCUGAAGUUCAAAGUUCUACAAAUAUCUAGUGCAGGGGCAAAAUGCCGCCAGUAUCUUUGCUAAAACAUAACAAGAGUCACCUUUGCUCCAGUUCCCAACAAGUUCCUCAUUCCUGUCUGAGGCCACCUCAGCCUAUGGACUUUAUUGUCCACAGUGCUAUCAGCAUUUUGGGCAAAGCCAUUCAACAAGUCUCUAGGAAGUUCCAAACUUUCCCACAUUUGCCUGUCUUCUUCUGAGCCCUCCAAACUGUUCCAAACCCUGCCUGUUACCCAGUUCCAGAGUCACGUACCCAUUUUUGAGUAUCUACAGCAGCACCCCACUCUACUGGUACCAAUUUAGCCACUGAAGUAGUUGGAGAACAGAAGUAAUAGACUCUGGUUUACAUUGUAAAAGCUUCUCUGUGGCUGCUGUGUGAAGAAAAUAUAUGAGAAUGAAGCCCCAAGAUGAAGCAGGGACACAGUUGCAGUGGAUAGAGUAAGAAAUGCUGCUGGCUGGCACUCAAGUGAUAGCCUGGAGGUUUGUGUGUGCACAUGCAUGUGUAUGUGUUUCACGACAGUAGGCCCAACAGAUACUAUAAUCCACACUUUUUUUUUUUUUUUUUUUGAGACAGAGUCUCACCUGUUGCCUAGACUAGAAUGCAGUGGCACAAUCUUGGCUCACUACAACCUCCACCUCCCAGGUUCAAACGAUCCUUGUGCUUCAGCCUCCCGAGUAGUUGGGAUUACAGGUGUGUGCCACUGUGCCCAGCUAUAUUUUUUGUAUUUUUAGUAGAGAUGGGGUUUUGCCACAUUGGCCAGGCUGGUCUUGAACUCCUGGCCUCAAGCAAUCCUCCCACCUUAGCCUCCCAAAGUGCUGAGCCACCACACCUGGCCGCAACUGAUUUUUAAUCAUGAAAUGACACACACAUUUAAAAAACCCAAUACCUAUAAUAUUCCUGGCUAGUACUCUUCACAUCUAUAUCAUCAAAAACAAAGAAAGUAUGUGAAACUGACAUAGCCAAGGGGGGACUAAGGAGACAUAACAAUUAACUCUAAUGUGGUAUUCUGGAGGGGAUCCUGGAACAGAAAAAGACAUUAGGCAAAAAACUAAAGAAAUCUGAAUAAAAUGUGGAUGUCAGUUAAUAAUAAUGUAUCAUAUUAGUCCAGUAAUUGUAACAAAUAUACCCAAUAAUGAAAGCCAUUAAUUAUAGGGAAAAUGGAGGGGUUAAUAUGGGUGGCUGGCUUUUGCUAUUUCUAGCAGCUCCAUUUUAUCUACAAAAGACAAACAUUCAUUAAGUCCCAAAAAGGUAAAGAAUGACAAAUUAAGCAUGUAUCUUAUUAAUAAGAGCAAUAUAAAGAUGCUCACUCAUAUUUAUAAAUAUUUGACAAUCAUGUUAAGGCCAGAAAAGAGAAAAAAGGGUAGGGGCAAAAAACGCAAAGAGAAAGGAGUUAGUAUCUUUUCUCCCGCACUCAUUAGCUAUUAAAAGAGGAUGUUUGUUUAAAGCUGCUCAGAGCUGGGAAACUAAUGUUAAGUCACUAACGGGAAUGUAAAAGGUUUCAUUAAGAACUGCCUGCACUAGAUUCCUCCACCCUGAGACAUUAAACAAUCACGAUAAACCUCCUGAGUGGUAAGAACGUGUCCAUUUAAAAAUAGGCUAUAGAUUGUCAUGCAGUUUUAUCUACUAAUCGGCUAAUGCCCCGCCAAAAACAAAAAAAAACCCAAAGGGAUAAAAGUUUCAUCCAUCAAAGGAAACAACAGUCACCUUGGUUCCCAUCCCACUCAUAUACUGCCGCCGUACAUGUCAAUCAGAUGAACCUGUGCCUAUCCCUUAACGACAAUUGACCCAACUUUUUGACUGAAGUGAAAGGUUCUGCUCCGCGACCAAUUCCUGGAUCUCCCCCUCCACCCUCUGUGUUCUUUCGGGUGCACCAUCGGGUCAAAGCUGCAGCAACGCCGUCUCUGUGUGAUCGCAUGUGCCCUUCUGCACACGACCUUCCCCCGAGAGUGACCAGCUACCGGACAGGCACCAAGGAGGGCUACCGAGCACCUCCCGGACCGGCGGCUGCAGGAUCGCGAGCGCCUCCGCUAGGGAGACCGCACGUUGCGCCUGUGCUUCCUGCGGUGGCGCCUUCUGCAAGGAGACCUCGACCCUGCUCCCUCUCCGGGGCUGGAUCUGACUCCUUGACGGUGAUUCCAGACUCGAGACCCAAACUGACGGCUUCUAGAAGAGGGGCGAGCCCGGCCACAAGUCUUUCACGUAGCUAAGUCAUCGUUGCUUCCGGCUUCUUACCGUUCUCCUCUUUGUAAACGGUUACCUCCCGAAAACCCAGGCUCUCCUCCAACAGUGGUUCUCAAGCGAGGCGAUCUUCCCCGGGAGGGGAUAUUUGGCAAAGUCUGGGGGCAUUUUUGGUUCACUGGGGCUGCUACUUGCAUCCACUGGGUAGAGGCGGGGGAUGCAGCUACACAACCUGCGAAGCACGGGACAGCACCCUCCCCAACCCAGACAGAAUUAGCCGGCCCAAAACCUCAGUAGUGCCCAGGCUGACAAACCCUGCCUUAAACAGCAAAGAAAGGCCAAGUCCCAUAAGUGGGUCACCGCGCCGAGACUGGGGUCCACGGGACACCCCAGCCACGCCAAGCCGGGAAGUCCCCGCCUCCUGGAGCUGAACCCGCCCCUCUCCCAGAGGUGGAGCUGCGGGGGGCGGGAACAGGCAAGGAGAAAAUAAACAACACUAAAAAGUCCUAAGUAGCGCUGUGUGGCCGCAAACCUGAACCCACCUUUUGCACCACGCGGGACCCGGCACUCUUCCUGCCAUCCACACCUGAGAGGGCUGCGGGGCCGAACCCAGUACUAGAAAACACUCGUCACCUCACUCAAGACGGGUACGAAGGCCAACGGACGCCUUCCUUUAGAAAGCUCAGCACACAGAGCAACUUCUCACGCCUACUCUCAAAGGGCGUACUCCAAACUAGCACUUCCGACGUCCAGCUGUGAAGCCAGAGCGGCGGAAAGCCCCUGAGCCCAGCGCCUGGGCAUGCGCAGACGCGUUGGUGUGGUGGGCGUGGCUCCCUCCGUACCCGGCGCCCCGCCCUCCGCCCCGUGUCCGCAUGCGCGACUGAGCCGCGGUGGUGGUACUGCUGCAUCCGGGUGUCUGGAGGCCGUGGCCGUUUUGUUUUCUUGGCUAAAAUCGAGGGAGUGAGGCGGGCCGGCGCGGCGCGACACCGGGUUCUGGAACCACUGCACGACGGGGCUGGACUGACCUGAAAAAAAUGUCUGGAUUUCUAGAGGGCUUGAGAUGCUCAGAAUGCAUUGACUGGGGGGAAAAGCGCAAUACUAUUGCUUCCAUUGCUGCUGGUGUACUAUUUUUUACAGGCUGGUGGAUUAUCAUAGAUGCAGCUGUUAUUUAUCCCACCAUGAAAGAUUUCAACCACUCAUACCAUGCCUGUGGUGUUAUAGCAACCAUAGCCUUCCUAAUGAUUAAUGCAGUAUCGAAUGGACAAGUCCGAGGUGAUAGUUACAGUGAAGGUUGUCUGGGUCAAACAGGUGCUCGCAUUUGGCUUUUCAUUGGUUUCAUGUUGGCCUUUGGAUCUCUGAUUGCAUCUAUGUGGAUUCUUUUUGGAGGUUAUGUUGCUAAAGAAAAAGACAUAGUAUACCCUGGAAUUGCUGUAUUUUUCCAGAAUGCCUUCAUCUUUUUUGGAGGGCUGGUUUUUAAGUUUGGCCGCACUGAAGACUUAUGGCAGUGAACACAUCUGAUUUCCCGCAGCACAACAGCCCUGCAUGGGUUUGUUUGUUUUUUUACUGCUCACUCCCAACCUUUUGUAAUGCCAUUUUCUAAACUUAUUUCUGAGUGUAGUCUCAGCUUAAAGUUGUGUAAUACUAAAAUCACGAGAACACCUAAACAACAACCAAAAAUCUAUUGUGGUAUGCACUUGAUUAACUUAUAAAAUGUUAGAGGAAACUUUCACAUGAAUAAUUUUUGUCAAAUUUUAUCAUGGUAUAAUUUGUAAAAAUAAAAAGAAAUUACGAAAGAAAUUAUGGAUUUGUCAAUGUAAGUAUUUGUCAUAUCUGAGGUCCAAAACCACAAUGAAAGUGCUCUGAAGAUUUAAUGUGUUUAUUCAAAUGUGGUCUCUUCUGUGUCAAAUGUUAAAUGAAAUAUAAACAUUUUUUAGUUUUUAAAAUAUUCCAUGGUCAGAAUUCUUCCUCACUAUAAUUGGUAUUUACUUUUACCAAAAAUUCUGUGAACAUGUAAUGUAACUGGCUUUUGAGGGUCUCCCAAGGGGUGAGUGGAUGUGUUGGAAGAGAGAAGCACCAUGGUCCAGCCACCAGGCUCCCUGUGUCCCUUCCGUGGGAAGCUCUUCCACUGUGCCUCUCAUUCCAAGGGCAGGAAGAUGUGACUCAGCCAUGACACGUGGUUCUGGUGGGAUGCACAGUCACUCCACAUCCACCAUUGAAGGAAAGGAAAAAAGGGCAGAGACUUGACACUCCAGUCUUAGACAGGGGACAAUUUAUUUGUAGUUGUUCUGAUAAUAAACUGGGUUCCAUGUUGCAUUUCAUCUGUGUACUGAACCACUAGCCUAAUAGACCAGCACGGUCAACUAGAAUGACAAACAUUAGCUACUGGGAACUCUUGUUGUCUCUUCCUCUUCAGAACUCUUGUCCCCCCAGGCUCCCCACCUCUGCAAGAUGGGAUACACUCUUCAGGACCACAGUUUGAAAUGUCUUUCAUAAAAUGUGCUACAAUUAGCCUUUGGAAUAUUUGCUGGGUGAUUUAAAUGUGUGGGUCUCAUUUCCAUGCUAGCCAUCGUCAUCCGACAGUCUCUAUGCUGUGAAUAUUGCCUGGUGAUCAAGACUCUCCUCAAAGAAAUGACUUGCUGUCAUCCCGCAUGAACUCCUGAUGUUUUUUCUACAAAAGUCCAUACAAUGUGAAAACUGGAGAAGAUCUUAGAGGUUGAAGUCCACCUUCUCUUUUCACAUAGGAGGGAACAGACCAUGGAAAUUUAAACGACUUCCUCACGGUCACAGAACUAGUUUUUUAAUCCUCAGGCAGUGCAUCCCCCCACCCUACAACUGAGCACAACCUCUUUCCCCACAGUGCAAUUCAGAAUAUGCUCAGGGAAUGCCACCCACCUUGUAAAACUGCUGGGAGAAAAGCAUGAUUCCCACAAUGACUAAGUAUCAGUGAUUUGUAAUUUUCCUGUUUUGUAUUAUCUGCUUUGCUGAUGUAGACAAGAGUUAACUGAGUACCAUGCUUUAUUAAGCAUGAGAAAGAAUCUUAAGAAUUGUCAAUAAAAUUAACCCAAAACUUUAAUAAUGUGUCUGUAACCAAGAAAAUAUUGAUAGCAUCAUCCUAAUGAAACUAAACAUUUAUUUUAAACUUAUUAAAUUGACUCUUAAACUAA